UAUCUAUAGUUACUCAGUGACGUCACGUCAAAAACUUUCUCAAAAUUUGAUGUACUCUAUGCUUAGUAUGUUUCCAGAAAAUGUUUGGAUUGGGUGUCGAAGACUGACACGUAUUUAGAUUAAAAUCGUAAAUAUACAGUGAAAAGUUUAGUAUGCUGUGAUUUUUAUUUUGCUUUACGAGUGACUUACUUUGUAUUCAGUUCAAAAUGGAGUUUCGCGAGACACUGCUUGCUGCUCAACGAAAUCAACAACAAAAGUCAUCUGGUGAAAGUAUGUAUUACAAAGCCAGAUUCGAUCCUCCAAAAAAAGAAACAAAAUCGAGGGAUCGAUUAUCAGCAAAUAUACAAAAGUUUUUGGCAAAAAAGGAAGAAGAAGAAAGGCAGAAAAGAUUGGAAGCACAGAGGAAAAAAGAGGAGCUGCUUGCAAUGCGAGAUCCAAAGGCAUUAAGAAAAAUUCAGAAGACACUGAAGGUAAUAAAGUCUGCUAACAAAUCAGUGAUAGCAGAUGCCAUUGACACAGAACAUACAGCUGUUACACGGGAGGGACCUGAACAGCCAGACCAAGAUGAUUAUGGAUAUGAAUCCCAAGAAGCAGCAGCACUGUAUGAAAAAAUGAUGCAAAAGUACAACAAAAUGCCUGAAAAACCAAAAUUUGCACCUGGAGGUAACAACGUAAGCAAAGAUUUAAAUGGUACAAGAGAAAGAGUAAAGCAUGCUCUUCAACACGAAGAUGAACCAGUACCCCACAAAAGAAGGCGUCGCACUGAUAAUGAUGAUGGUAACCAAAGUCCACCUCAAAAGUAUGAACCAGAAAAAAGAAAAGACGAAAAACCAGAUAAACCAAAAAUACGAAAGCCUGCUCCUCCGCCUUUGGAUUUUAAUCAGUUGUUAAAAAUAGCCGAAGAAAAAAAAAGUAUUCCCAUAGAACUUGCUCCGAAGAAAAUAGUCACCGAGUCAGAACCCGAAAGACUCAUGACUAAGAAACAGAAACGCGAAUAUGAGGAAGAAAUGGCUCGUCGACAGAGGAGGCAGGAGCGAAUUGAGGCAGAAAAAGCGGCUAAGAAAGCUUCCAGAGAAGAAAGGCCUGUUGAAAAAAUUAAAAAACCAGAACCAGCUGGUUUCGGGCGCAUUCCAAAACUAAGUGAUAAAACUUCUACAAGUCAAAGGAACGAAGCUACUAAGACACACGAAAAGGAUAGAGACUAUGUAAGUGAAAGAGAGAAAGAAAUUCAGAGAGAAAAGGAAAAAUUAAGAUUACAAAAAGAAAAACUAGAGCGGGAGGAACAGAGGCUGAGAGACAAAGAGAGGGAGAUAUUAAAAGCUGAGAAGGAACGCGAAAUGAGACUAAACAAAGAAAGAGAUAGAGAGAGAUUAGAUAAGUCUAAAAUUAAAUUAGAAAGUAGAACAUCUGAUAAACCAAGGACAGAUAAAAAUAUAGAUAAAAACAAAUUGACCUCCAGGGAAUACGAUAUUAAAAAGAAUAUAGAUUUGAAAAGUCAAAAUACUUACAGAAUAGAUAAAAACUCUAAUGAAAAGAAGGUUAGUGUGCCUCAAAAGUCAAGUGACCAAAAGUACAUGAAUGGUCACAGUUCACAAGGUAAACCAGUGCCAAAACUUAGUAAGGAUAGUAUAAGUGAAAAAGAUAGAAUUGCUCUAAUGAAGCAGAAAUCGUUAGCAAAUGAUAGUUCACUAAAACUUAACGGAAGUUUAAAAACUGAGAAACGUUUACCUGAUAGUAAAAGUGCACCUCAAAAAAAACUAGUACCAAAUUCGAAAUCAUCGGCUGGCCCAAGUAAGCCUGUCAUGUCUAAUUCUUUUGACUUCGAUAAACAUGUGAAUUCUCUAGGCAAAAAUGGCACGAAACAGUUCCCACCCGGCAUGGUCAGAAGAAAACCACAUCCUGAUGAUAGGAAAAAGCUUAAACGUCGCAUGGUCGACUCAGAUUCUGAGUAUGAUUCCGAGAUGGACGACUUCAUAGAUGACGGCGAUGAGAACAUGGACUACUCGAAGCAUAUCAAGGAGAUAUUCGGCUAUGAUAAGUCAAAAUAUCGGCAUAUAGAUGAUGAUGACGAUCCCUCGAUGGAAUCAAGUUUCGCCAGGCAACAGCGGGAGGAGUACAUUAGCAAGAAAAUAGGUAUUAUGGAGGAUUUAGAAGACAUGAGAAUGGAAGCAAUGGAGAAAAGUAAGAAGAAAAAAACAAGACGAUUGAGUGAUGACUGAUCUUUAAACAAUGCUAAGAUCAUGGACCAAGACAAUUACGAUUAUGUAAUUAUUUAUGUGCUUAAUAUUCUAAUGGAUGGUUUAUUUCUUGUUAUAAUCUGUAUCGACAUUUCAUCAAGGAAAGUCCCUACAAGGUUCAACAAGGAGCAAUAUAGAGAAUUGUGAAGUCUUCAAAAUUUAAUAGGGCCGUCUUGACAUUUGUCAUCGCGAUGUGACUGAUGGCGGGGCGAUGACUGAUGAGGCGAUGUGAUGUAUCCAUACGACUCGGUACUAGAUACUCACGAUAAAUUGAUUAAAGUUUGUAUGAGUAUUGAUCGAUUUGAUUAUAUAUUGUAAAGUCCAUUGGAUUAGCAAAUUUAACUUAAACUUUAAUAUUGUAGGUAUUUUGAAAUGAUACAAUGGUUAAACGGUACGAAAGAUUAAUUUGUCUUUAGUUUAAUAUUUUUAGUUACAAUAACAUUCACUCAAUCGCAAAAAAUCAAGAUAUAUCGAAAGUGAUUGAAUUGAAGAUUCAAUAAUUUUCUUCAGAUGAUGAGACAAAGUUGUCAGUUGAGCUAUCGUCACCUGUAAAUAUAAUUGUUUUAUUUUCAAUUAUAUUAUAAAUAUUGA